AUGGAAAGACGAGCUGAAGACGCAGGAGACGAGGGGACUGAGCUCAUUCCUGGCUAUCCUAUAGUUGUGGUGGAAGACAGAGAAAACUUCCAAAAGUUGGUGGCGAAGUUGGAAAAUCAGGAGUUUAUUGGUAUCGAUUCCGAGUGGAAAGCACAGUAUAUGUGUGCGAACGAAAGUGUGGCUCUUCUUCAAAUUGCAAUCAUUGAUGCCGUUUAUUUGGUGGACUUUUGUGCUCUUGAAAAGAAGUUGUCGGAAAAUGAUUGGGAUGCACUCUUGCGUACGCUUCUUUGCAGCCGAGCUAGAAAAUUAGGUAUUUUGGGUUUCUUUCCCUAUAAACUCGAUUAUAUCAGGGAGUUGUAA